AUGGCAAGGAUCGCAUGUAUUAGUCUCUAGAUUUUUAAAUUUAUUUUAAGGACAUUCCGUUUUGCACUCAUUUUGGUCUAAGUAAGUAUUCUCUUAGCAAUAAAUUUCAUUACUACAGAAUCCAUUAAAUAAAUAGAGUCCCUAAAAGCAUUCUGUACAUUCAUCAGAUUGUUUACAAUUUAAACAAUUAGAAUCACAUGGUAAACAAUUUCCUUAAGAAUCGGGAAAAAAAGAUUAAUCACAUUCAAGUUUACAUUAUUAAUUUUAAGUUAAAAAAUAAUUCUAUUUACAAGAUACACAUUUGCCCUUUUCUAUACAUUUUUUACAAUUUAAGUCACAUAAGUCGCAUUUUUAUGUACUUCUUUUCAAAUAUGA